CCAAAACCUAGGAGGGAAAAUGGGAGACCAAGGAGUACAACAAAUGCAACAGCAGCCUGUUGUUGUGUAUCCAAACGCAUACCCGAAGCAGUAUCCUCCAUAUCCAUCUUCUUCUUCUGCAUCAUCUUCUUCUUCCUCCUCUGGCUCACGUGGUUCCUUUGGGACGGUUUUCAUAGUCCUAGCCGUGAUCCUUGUCUUGUCGGUUCUGGCUUGUGUCUUUGGGAGGCUAUGCAACCGUGAAGGCCACGCUUCUAAGCAGCCAAAGCAUGAGAAAGGAUCGUCGAAGAAGAGCCGUGAGAUUCGGCCUGUGGACCGUGAGCCUAGGGAGAGAGGUGAUUUGGAGUUUGGGUUGGAUUUGAAACGACCUGAGCCAAUUGAGAAACCCUCGGGGAGAGAUCAUGGAGAGGAUAUAGAAUUCGGGUUUGAUAACAAGAGAGAAGAAAGAGGUGGAGGAGGACCACCUCCUCCUCCGGUUAUCAAACAUGGCGUGAGAUUUAAGUUACCGGAAAACGGAGACCAACAUGCUGAAGGCGAAAUAAGACGUGGAGGUCCCGAAAUUGAGUUCCGAUCAAGACAAUAAUGAUAGUGAGUUGUCCGAGAACAGACCACUUUCUUUAUUCUGAUCGUGUCUUAACUGCUUUCUUUCUUUUGUGCUUUUCUCUUUUCUUCUUUGAUCGAUCUUAUGGGUAUGGAACUUAGAGCUGAAGCUAUCAAACUUCUUAAUCUCUUGGUGUGAUAUAUACAGUAGAUAAUCUGUAUAUAUCUAAGGAACUGAAUAAAUCCAGCAAACAUAUGUAUAACUUCUCUGUAUUUAUUCACUAAGAAUCAACAAAUUUAUGGAAUAACGUUUUUAUGGG